GGCGCGCUCACCGGCGUGAUACCGGGCCAAUGCCGGACCGGAGGAUAGCCAUUCCUUAACGAACAUUCUGUAACAGUGAAUUCUGGGAUCUGGCGCCAAGAAAGCUGUCGGCUGCUACCUAGAGCUACGACAUACAUGUCAUUGACAAUGUAUGCCGUCGUAGUUUUUGUGGAGACGGAUGAAGUAGAGCUUGUUGCUUCCAACUGGUUACAGUCUCAGACAAAAACUUUUUGGCCACCGUAUCGCAAUAUGUCUAACGUAACUAAAUCUGUAAAAGACAGAGUAGCAGCUGACAAAACUUGGCCAAGUUACAGCAUUCGCAUCCUGUCUGCUUGUGAUAGCUAUGAGGAUGGCAGAAGAAAGCUUCGAAUGGCCGAGGAAACCUCAGACAUACAAACAGAUGAUGAAGUUGGAAUGGGGAAGGGUGCAAGAAGGCGCAAAGAGCGAACACUAUACAGCGACACAGACGAUGAUGGUGAUGAUGAAGCUGUUGCCGGACCAGUUAAACGCAAACAUCUCACCCCAGCCCCGCCAGUCCCACCUUUUCCAAGCCUCCAUGUUCCUGCUGGUAUACAACUGGACAAUCGACAAGCCACAGACAGAGAAAUACUAAAGGCUAUCAGUGCUGUCCAGGUAUCUUUGGAUGAAGUCCGCAAAGAGGUUUUGUCCCAAAGACAGCUGCUGAACAUGAUGAUCAGCAAAGAGGCAUCAAGUGGCACCAUAGAUGUGAUGGAUACCUUUCCAAUAAAGUCCAUGGAAGAGCUGGAUGGAAUGGAAAACAAAAUUGAAGAUAAAGAAAUUGCUAAAUCACUGGUCAAUCAACUCAGCCUCAUCGGGGGUUCUAAUCUUAAGGAGGCGACCAGACGGGUGAUGUCUCAAACCAUAUCCCAUAAUGUUGCUCUGAACCUUAAUUGGGCAGGGAGGAAGGGCUGGAAAGGUCAGCAGACUGAACCGAAGAGAGCAUUUGGUGGUCUGCGCCUAUGCGCUGCAAUGAAAAAAGCGAUGCUGAAGAACGUUGCCUUCAAAACAACAGAAGACCAGGUCGAGAGAGAAAUGAUGAUAUGGCUUCGCAACGCCUGCGACAGGCAUGGGGGCAGGAAGAGGCGCGCUGAGUCUCAAGCCACUGUGUCAGUAGUGACUGUUUCGGAAAACAGCAAAAUCGCUGAAAUCACUGAAAAUGAACUUUGAUCGGUCCGAGCUAUUUUCCUGUGCUUGAUUUAAGAGUCAACUCUUUUUGUGCCAUUGGUGCAGGUGGGAUCAAUUAAACUAUUUGAAACUUACAUAUACAUGUUGGUUGAGUUCCUUACUUUAUAAAUGUAAAUAAGUUCUGAAACUGUUUUGGUGAUUCACUGGUCUCCCACCAGUUUGUAUUCUUCAUCAAACCUUUUGCCAAGAGCUGCUAUGGUAACAUUUUCAACCUUAAAGCCAAAGGUUUUGACAGUCGUACUGUUUGGCAUAUAUGUUGCUUUCUUGUCGACCAAUAGAAAAAGGUUAAAAAAAUAUCAAGGUAGGGUUACUGCAAAUAUCAAUUUAACAAAUGUCGCUGAAUGAUUACUUUUAUUCCUAGGAAAAGCAAU